AACAGCCCAGUAACUCCGUCUUCUAGUCCUCUGCUGCGCGACUUCACCUUGCAAUUGCAGAUGCUUGAACCCUAAAAUUCACAUACGAAUGUUCUUCGCUUGUUGCGCUAGGAUUUGACUCGGUUCUGUGCUAUUUAUUUGUUCUAUUCUUUGCCGUCGCUUGUUCUACUCUCUGCUGGAGCUAUUCUGUGUUCUCUUUCAUCGGUUCUAGAGGUGUUCCUGUUAGUCGGUUGUUCUAGUCUGCUGGUCGACUCAGAUUAAUUCUUACCGAGGCUUACGCCUCGCCUCAAAUAAGUCGAGCGCCUGGGUUUCCGAACCCGCCUUUUAAAACAUUGCGGCGAAGAUAGCGAGAUAGAAACUUUUUUGCAUCAAAUAAGAAGACAAGGAAGAUCAUGGGACAUGGCGAGAAGGAGCGACCAAACAAGAAACUGAAAUCCUCUGUGAAGCAGAAUGAUUUCCAGAGUGGUGCGAUCGUGGAAGCUGGGGAUGUUUAUUUCGGUGAGGAAGCGGAUGAUGGUUUCCGUGCCGAUGAGAAAGAGGGGAAGAAGAGGGAUUUUAGCAAACUUGAAUUGAAACCCGAUCAUUCCAAUCGCCCCUUGUGGGCUUGUGCUGAUGGGCGAAUAUUCCUGGAGACUUUCUCUACUUUGUAUAAACAAGCCUAUGAUUUUCUCAUUGCCAUAGCUGAGCCUGUAUGCAGGCCAGAAUCGAUGCACGAGUACAAUUUGACCCCUCACUCUUUGUAUGCGGCGGUGUCAGUAGGUCUUGAGACGGAAACCAUCAUAUCAGUUUUGAAUAAGUUGUCUAAGACCAAGCUUCCCAAGGAGAUGAUUGAUUUCAUUCAUGCUUCAACCGCUAAUUACGGAAAAGUAAAGCUUGUGCUCAAGAAGAAUCACUACUUUAUCGAGUCUCCAUUUCCAGAGGUAUUGAAGAAGUUGCUGCGAGAUGAAGUUAUAUCUCGAGCAAGGAUUGGUUCUGAGGGUUCUCAUGGAAGUGAUGGCUUUACAAUAAGCAAAGCUGCAGGCGAAAUUGGAACUAGUGAUGAGUUGUUAAAUGAAGCAGAAUUAGCAGCUGCAGCUGAAGAAAAGGAAACCCACUCAUUUGAAAUCGACCCAGCUCAGGUUGAGAAUGUAAAACAAAGGUGCUUGCCCAAUGCUUUGAAUUAUCCAAUGCUGGAGGAAUAUGACUUCAGAAAUGAUACUGUCAACCCUGAUCUUGACAUGGAGCUGAAGCCUGAAGCCCAGCCACGGCCAUAUCAGGAGAAGAGCCUUAGUAAAAUGUUUGGAAAUGGGAGAGCAAGAUCUGGUAUUAUUGUAUUGCCUUGUGGUGCUGGGAAGUCCUUAGUUGGUGUUUCCGCUGCAAGCAGAAUAAAGAAGAGUUGCCUUUGUUUAGCAACAAAUGCUGUUUCAGUUGAUCAGUGGGCAUUUCAAUUUAAGCUGUGGUCAACCAUCAAAGAUGAACAAAUUUGUCGUUUCACAUCUGAUAGCAAGGAAAGAUUCCGUGGCAAUGCUGGUGUUGUCGUGACAACCUAUAACAUGGUUGCUUUUGGUGGAAAACGGUCCGAAGAAUCUGAAAAGAUUAUUGAGGAAAUAAGAAAUAGAGAAUGGGGACUCCUUCUGAUGGAUGAAGUGCAUGUGGUUCCUGCUCACAUGUUUCGGAAAGUCAUCAGCAUCACUAAAUCUCACUGCAAACUUGGGCUCACUGCCACACUUGUUAGAGAGGAUGAAAGGAUUACAGAUUUAAACUUCCUUAUUGGUCCCAAACUGUACGAAGCAAAUUGGUUGGAUCUAGCAAAAGGAGGGUUUAUUGCAAAUGUGCAAUGCGCUGAAGUAUGGUGUCCCAUGACAAAGGAGUUUUUUGCUGAAUAUCUGAAGAAAGAAAAUUCCAAGAAGAAGCAGGCACUUUAUGUUAUGAACCCUAACAAGUUCAGAGCUUGUGAAUUUCUCAUAAGAUUCCAUGAGCAGCAGCGUGGUGAUAAGAUAAUCGUGUUUGCGGACAAUCUUUUUGCACUGACAGAGUAUGCAAUGAAACUUCGAAAGCCUAUGAUCUAUGGUGCAACCAGCCAUGUUGAGAGGACAAAAAUUCUUCAGGCCUUCAAAACUAGUCGGGAAGUUAACACUGUCUUUCUAUCAAAGGUGGGUGAUAAUUCAAUAGAUAUUCCGGAGGCAAAUGUGAUAAUUCAGAUUUCAUCUCAUGCUGGUUCAAGACGUCAAGAAGCGCAACGAUUGGGUCGAAUUCUUAGGGCAAAGGGUAAACUUCAAGAUAGGAUGGCAGGAGGGAAAGAGGAGUAUAAUGCAUUUUUCUAUUCCCUUGUUUCAACAGAUACACAGGAGAUGUACUACUCAACAAAAAGGCAGCAGUUUCUGAUUGAUCAAGGUUACAGUUUUAAGGUGAUAACAAGCUUGCCUCCAGCCGAUUCGGGAGCCGACUUGAGUUACCAUCGUCUUGAUGACCAAUUGGCACUUCUCAACAAGGUUUUGAGUGCUGGUGACGAUGCAGUUGGUCUAGAGCAGUUAGAAGAAGAUGCAGAUGAUAUAGCCCUCCACAAAGCCCGUCGCUCCAUGGGAUCCAUGAGUGCAAUGUCCGGUGCAAAUGGGAUGAUUUACAUGGAAUACAGCACUGGGAAGAAGCUUGCCGGGCAGGGCCAGAUGAAAAGUAAGCCCAAGGAUCCAUCCAAGCGGCAUUAUUUGUUCAAAAGACGUUUUGCCUGAAUGGCAAUCAGACCGCUCGGAGUGGAGGCCUCUGGUUCGUUUUGCCCUUUGCUAUAUGCGCUAUACAUUGUUGCUUUCACUUGGAUCUUCGUAUGUGUAAUACUAUGGAUCUGAUCAACAAGUUAUCAAAGCUUUAUUGAAAAUUGAACAGAUUUUCAGAAAGCGUCGAAUGUACGGACCAUCUGGUGUAUUAAAGGCCUUGUGACCAUGCUACUAAUCAAGUUUUAAUUUGUAUACCUAAAGUUGAUUGAUCACUGUUAUGCA